AUGGAUGAAAAGGCCUCCGGAGGCAUUGAUUGGCUCUAUCUAUGGCACCAACUGAAGGAACAGGAGCAUGCUGGACCGGUGUUGACAACAGUAGCCGUGGUUUUGUUCACCUAUAUGCUCUACACUGUUCUGUUUGCUACCGAUAUUUCUCACAUCAAGGGCAUUCCAGAGAUACCUGGCGCUAUUCCUGUGUUUGGACAUCUUCUCAAGCUCGGCGAGGAUCAUGCGACAACUUGCGAGAAAUGGUGGCGCCAAUACAACCAAUCUAUAUUCCAAAUCAAGCUGGGAAAUACCAGGGCCGUCGUUGUCAACUCGUUUGAUGACUGCAAAAAGAUGCUCCUUGGUAACCAGAAUGCAGUCAUUGACCGCCCCAAGCUUUACACGUUUCAUGGUGUGAUCAGUAGCACACAAGGCUUUACGAUUGGAUCUUCUCCCUGGGAUGAGUCCUGCAAGAAAAAGCGCAAGGCGGCCGGUACUGCCCUUAGUCGCCCCGCGUUGAGAAAUUACUACCCCAUGUUUGAUCUCGAGAGUUACUGUAUCCUCAGAGACAUGAAAAAGGACAGUCACAAUGGUCCGAUCGAGAUUGACAUCCGCCCAUACAUUCAACGAUACGCGCUCAACACAACCUUGACGCUCUGCUACGGUAUUCGUAUGGACGCUGUCUACGACGACCUGCUCCGAGAAAUACUUCACGUAGGAUCAUCUAUUUCCCUAUUACGCAGCGCCUCCGAGAACCUGCAGGAUUACAUCCCUGCGCUUCGAUAUCUUCCCAACAACGAGAAAAACUCCCGUUCAAAAGAGCUUCGCAAGCGACGUGAUGUAUAUCUGGACCUCCUCUUGAACAAGGUCCGCGAGAUGAUUAAGAAGGGCACAGACAAGCCUUGUAUCUCUGCUGCUAUCCUGAAGGAUAUGGAGACCAAGCUUUCUGGUGUUGAAGUUUCUUCAAUCUGCUUAUCUCUGGUUUCUGGUGGUUUUGAGACUAUUCCCGGAACUCUGACUUCGUGCAUUGGAUCUCUAUCGACCGAGGAAGGACAAGCAUGGCAGGAUCGGGCUUACGAGGACAUCAAGCGUCAUUACCCAGACGUCUGUGAUGCCUGGACCGAUUGCUUUAAAGAGGAAAAGAUCCCAUACAUCAACGCCAUUGUCAAGGAGGCUGGCCGAUACUACACUGUCAGCGCCAUGAGUCUUCCCCGAAAGACUGUUACCGAGGUCAAUUGGGAUGGUGCUAUCAUCCCUCCUAAGACUAUGAUCUUGAUCAACGCCCAAGCUGGUAACCAUGAUAUCGAUCAUUUCGGACCUGAUGCUGGAAAAUUUAACCCCGAGCGGUGGCUCAAGACCCUCAGUCCCCCGACCGAGGCUGACAGUGUUGGCCUGGGUCACUUGAGUUUCGGAACUGGCUCUCGUGCUUGCUCGGGUCAGCACAUUGCUUCUCGCCUCUUAUACUCCGCAUUGGUGAGGAUACUGUCGUCCUACAAGAUUGUGGCAAGCAAGGAGAAUCCCCCCAAUACCGACUAUGUUGAUUACAACCAAUUCAAGACAGCACUCGUUGCCAUUCCCAGAGAGUUCAAGGUUAAGCUCAUUCCCCGGAAUACAGCCAUGACAGCCAAUUGUCUGGACCUUGCUGAGCAGAGGACCAGCGAGCACUACAAGGAGUAA